AUGACACCUGAACCAUCCGACAUAUCAGGAACAUCAACCCACUUUCAAGAUUUGCUCAACAACCUGAACUCUGGUGUGAGAGGCGGCCGUAGAAGAAAAUUCUGUGGUCCAAUUGAACCGUACUUACAUGCAGCUCGGUGGUUUCCUCUCACGAUUGACCCAUUUGCUGUGCUUGAGGAUGUCUUGUACGAGGGCAUGGAAGCCGAGUUUUCUGAAUUGCGGGCCGACACCUCAGAUGAAGAAGCUUCAAGUUCAAAUAAUCAUCAGAAGGAGUUGUGUAUAAAGCAAUACAAAGAACUUGUGAAGCUUGUACCAACCUUCAGUGACAUUAUAUCAGGAUUUGAAAAAGUUCCGUCGGCCUUGGACAAUUUUAUUCAUGCGCUUACCUGUGCCGCAAAUGAUGCGCGAUCCGAUGAUACUGGGAGCCUAAUGCGAGAGGGGCUGGUAUACAUGCUCAAGAACCCUGAAACUGACCAGUUUAACCCACCUCUACUCAAGCAGCAUGGUAAAAUCGUUCGUGGAUGGAACCACCCUCAGACCGCGCGACUACUGUGCCCGAUGCGGAUGCUCGACGUGUUUGACAAAAAUCCCCAGGACUUCAUGGAUAAGGUAAAGGAAGGAAAAAUUGAGGUUGUCUUCGAGGAUACUACCUCAAACGUGUAUGCUUGUCUUUCUUAUCCUUGUUCGUCGAAUACUAUUUUACCAUUUGAGCAGGUCUUUCGCCACAUAUUCACUGGACCAUCAAGUGCCAUUUCUGCAACCGCUCACAAAGGCACCAAGGCUCCAAAAGGUCGAAUUCAUGGUAUGACAUCGCCACUACCACGAGCAAUUGCAUACGCAGCCGUACAGGCAUAUUUCCAGCUUAGUUCUGCAACGCAAUGGCGUCAGCAAAUCGGAGACUUCGAUCUCGUUCUAUUGUACGAUCGAGUAGUCAAUAUGUUCGAAGGAAAUAGUAUUAAUAAGCAAUGGGUGCAAGAAACACUCGACCAUUGGAAGUCAGAGACUCCUGGACUCCUGCAGCGUGGGCGCUCCAAGGCCAGGAUAGAUGCAGGACUUCAUGUGUUUGACAGCGAGGAUGACAUGGACGAUUUUUUUGAAUCUGAUGGGCAUUCUCCUGAUAACGGAGAACAGGGUCCACAAGAUAGGAUCGAGAGCAGUGGCAAUGCAGAGAACACACAUGGUAUUUAA